AUGGCCUACCCUCCCGGCAGCGCGUGGGCCGCGGCGUCGCUCAAGGACCGCUACAGCUGUGAAUUCGGCUCGCCCAAGUACCUGGCGUUGUGUAGCCUGGGCGGCGUGCUGAGCUGUGGCCUGACGCACCUGGCCAUCGUGCCGCUGGACCUGGUCAAGUGCCGCAUGCAGGUGGACCCGGUCAAGUACCCGGGCCUGCUGAGCGGCUUCGGCGUGACGCUGCACGAGGAGGGCGCUGCCGGCCUGGUGCGAGGCUGGGCGCCCACCCUGCUGGGCUACUCCAUGCAGGGCCUCUUCAAGUUCGGCCUGUACGAGCUGUUCAAGCUGCGCUACGCCGAGCUGCUGGGCGCCGAGGCGGCCUACGAGUGGCGCACCACCCUCUACCUGGCGGCCUCGGCCAGCGCCGAGUUCUUCGCUGACAUGGCGCUGGCGCCCAUGGAGGCGGUGAAGGUGCGCGUGCAGACGCAGCCCGGCUUUGCGGGCACGCUGCGGGAGGCGGCGCCCAAGAUGCUGGCCGAGGAAGGCCCGCGGGCCUUCUACAAGGGCGUGGGCCCGCUGUGGCUGCGCCAGAUCCCCUACACCAUGAUGAAGUUCGCCUGCUUCGAGCGCACGGUGGAGGCGCUCUACAAGUACGUGGUGCCCAAGCCGCGGAGCCAGUGCAGCAAGGCCGAGCAGCUGGGCGUCACCUUCGUGGCCGGCUACGUGGCCGGCGUCUUCUGCGCCGUGGUCUCGCACCCGGCCGACUCGGUGGUGUCGGUGCUCAACAAGCAGAAGGGCAGCUCCGCGCAGGCCGUGCUGCAGCAGCUCGGGCCGCUGGGCGUCUGGAAGGGGCUGGGGCCGCGCAUCCUCAUGAUCGGCACGCUCACGGCCCUGCAGUGGUUCAUCUACGACGCGGUCAAGGUCUACUUCCGGCUGCCGCGGCCCCCGCCCGCCGAGAUGCCCGAGUCCCUGCGCAAGAAACUGGGGCUGUCGCGCGACGACUGA